AUGGAUAGUUGCAAGGCUAUGUCUACUCCAAUGGGAUCUAGAACUUAUGUUAAUCAAGAUGAAUUGGGUGUUUCCAUUGAUAACAUAAAGUAUCGAGCCAAUCCAAAGGAAUCACAUCUCACCGUUGUUAAUAGGAUCAUGAAGUAUGUUAAAGGAACAACAAAUGUCGGCCUAUGGUAUCCAAAAGGUAGUAUAUGUGAUUUAGUUGGAUAUUCUGACUCAGAUUAUGCAGGUUGUAAAUUUGAGAGAAAAAAUACAAGUGGAACAUGUCACAUCCUAGGAAAUGCAUUAGUUUCUUGGGCGUAUAAGAAACAAGCAUGUUUUGUCUUAGCCCACAGAAGCAGAGUACAUAGUAGCAGAAAGUUGUUGUGCUUAGAUUCUAUGGCUAAAGCAACAACUGAGUGA